UCCACUCUGUACAAAGACCAAAGCAAUUAUGGAAGAGGAAGCUGGUGCUGUCUGUGGAAAUAGUGAGCAGGAAGUAAAAUUCGGAGUGGAAUAUGAAGCUAAGAAGAGUUUAGCAUGUAAAGAUUCAGAGGAAAAUGUGACCCAAAGUCACCUUGGGGAUAUCAAGAAUCCAAAGACUGUGGAGCCUGCAAACGAUUCCCAGAAGGAGCUGCCAAAGGCAGGAAAGAAGAAAAAAAAAGCAAAAGAGACCCAGGCAAUAGCCAAUAAUGCAGCUUCCACAAAGCAAAGCAGAAAAGAGAGGAGCAAGAAGACGAAAAAAAAGACAGAAGUGAAAGGAGCCGGAGAAGAAAGAGAUGGAAAAGGAGGAGGAGAACGAAAGCAAGCAACAGGAAGAGGAGGAGGAGUAGGUGGAAAACAAAAAAGAGGAGGAGGAGGAGGAUCAAAAGUCUACUCUGAAUUUCUGAAUGAAUUAUCAGAGACAAUUUUAAAUGAAAUACCAAAAGCUGAAUAUUCCAGUUUGCUCAGUGACUUUGUAGAAUCUGAAUAUUUUCUGUUUGAUGGAGAUUCCCUACUCCUCUCCUGCAUAUGUGAAAAAUCACUGGCGCCAGGACAGAACCUUCACUUCUUCUUUUUAGUCGAACGCUAUUUGGCGGACUUAACAAACAAAGGAGCACAAUUUGUCAUUAUUUUCUUCCAGGAUACUGAAGAAGUAUAUUUCAAGUUUCCUCAGCUGCUUCUUCUAAGAACAACUUUAAUUCUCCACCUGAAGCACAAUGCUGCCAUUGACGUACGAACAGAGUUUUCCAGCUGUUUAUCCCCAGAGUGGAAAUGUUUCUUAGAAGAAAAAUACCCAUAUUUUCUAAUAAUCGCAGAUAACGGCCUAAAUGACUUGCAGACAAACUUUUUAAACAUCUCUAUCAUUCAGGCCUGGUCAAUGAAAGUCAAUGUUGUUCUUAUCUCAGAUCAAGCAUCAGACACAAUCCGAGUUUAUGGAUAUAUUCUUCAGAGUAUGCAUAGACACCACAUAUUCUUUGCAAAGAACAGAGCGAAGUUGGGUCAAGUUUAUCAGUCACUAAUCAAGGACAUGGAAGACUCCAGUGAAGCUGCAUUAGUUGAUCUCUUUGGAGGAUUAAGUAGGGAGGAUAUAGAGCAAGAGGCACGGGAAAUAACAGAACGGUUCCGGUGUCUUUGGCCUGAAGGAAUUGACAUUCGAAGUAACCUCUGUAUCACUUCAUGUUCGUUGGCUUUGAGGAUGUACUACUACCGCCUCUCAGGAAAGACAGAGAUGGAGGAGAGCGAACAGUUAACCUUGCAGGAAGUCGCCGACCUGUGCAGGAUGCAUUGUCUCAGUGUGGCUUGUCUUCUUCAUCUGCCCCUUGUGCAAAGGGCCCGGAUGCGUAUCAUCACUUCUAAAUGGACUAAGCCAACAGACUCCUUUUGGAAAAUGAAACAAUGGUGCGAAUUUUUCACUUUAAAAAUGAUGGAAUUUUUAAAAUUUUCCUCUAUAAGAAUGGAUGAAAAGCACCUUCCGGACUUAAGUGAUCAUCUUCUUUUGAAGAGUAUUGCCUAUUACUUUGAAGUAGAAAAUAGCCAAGGCCUUCAUUUAGAUCUCGGAGAAGCAAUUCAGAAGGAUUAUGAGUGUCUGUGGGGUUCGAUAUCAAUGUUAGUUGACAAGAUCGAUGUUGGCAGAUCAUUUCCUCUUCGAACAACGACAAAACAUUUUCUUCAACAGACAAAAACUCCAAUAAAAGAACUGUCUAAUGGAAAGAUGCCUGAUCUGGGUUUUAUUCCAGUGACGUCUUCUGUGGUAGACGCAUUUGCCGGAGACAUUCUGAAGAAUCUUUCUUUCUUAAGCAGCAAGCAUCCAGUCGUCAUGUCACUCGUGAAGCUAAAGGAAUUUGAUGAACUCAGGCACUGGCAUUCAGGCAAACGUCUUAGCGAUGAUUACGACAGAACAAGGGGUAGCCUGGAAGAAAACACCAAUGAUCCUCAUCUUCUCAGGAAGAAGCAAAGGUUUAGGGAGUAUCAACAGUUUUAUGGACAAACCUUGGAAGUUGUCACUCCAAAAGUCAUUGUAACUCAAACUGCAAAGGCCAUGAAAAAUGGCAAUAAAACCAAGGAUAGCAAAAGAUCCCAAGAAUCGAAACAAAGCAUAAUUGUCAGAGAAAAUCAGAAAAGGCUGGAUGCUCUAAAGGAGCAAAAGGAACAGGACCAGUGGAUCGCCGAAUCUUCAGGCAUCAAAAGAGCCAUUGAAGAUAAUUUUAGUUUGGGAGUAAGUAAACUGGAUGAGUUCCUGAAGAAGUGUAAGACCGACUCAGUGAAGUUUAAUGCAGAAAAAGUCGGGCUGACUUACUGUUUGAAAGCAUGGAAAAGACACUGCAAAGAAGAAGGUAAAAUAUCAAAAGAUUUAAGUAUAGCUGCCCAAGUGAUGAGAAGACUUCAGUCCCUAGUGUGCAAAUAUGAGGAAUUUUUGAAGAAAAAAGAUUGCGAACUUAUAGUCAAAUGUCUUAAAUAUUUAGGAUUUGAUAAUUUGGUGGAGGUUGAGGACUUUUCUCAGGAGGUGAAUGGUGACAGGACUGAAAAGAAAAAAGCCACAUACUCUGUUGAUAUGGGUUCAGCUCGAUUCCAGCUCCUGCACAUGGGCCAUUUCUUGAUGCGAAAUGAGAGAACAGAUCCAGACCCCAGGGUCCAGGGUUUCAUUCCAGACACAUGGCAGCGAGAGCUACUCGACGUGGUGGACAACAAUGAGUCUGCAGUGAUCGUUGCCCCAACGUCUUCGGGGAAAACAUAUGCCUCCUACUACUGCAUCGAGAGAGUGCUGAAAGAAAGUGAUGAAGGGGUGGUCAUAUACGUGGCGCCCACCAAGGCCCUGGUGAACCAGGUGUCAGCAACUGUUCUAAAUCGAUUCACCAAAAGGCUGCCAGUGGGUCAAGCUCUGUGCGGAACUUUCACCAGGGAUUAUCGCCAGGAUGUGCUGAACUGCCAGGUACUUGUGACGGUGCCAGCCUGUUUGGAAAUCCUUCUGCUCUCUCCCCACCGUCAAGCAUGGGUGAAAAGAAUCAGAUAUGUUAUAUUUGAUGAGGUCCAUUGUCUUGGUGGGGAAAUUGGAGCAGAAGUUUGGGAGCACCUCCUUGUUAUGAUCCGAUGCCCCUUUUUAGCUCUCUCUGCUACCAUCAGUAACCCGGAACACCUCACUAGGUGGCUCCAAUCUGUCAAAACAUAUUGGCGAAACGCAGAUAAGAUAAUAGAUGGAAGUCUCCAUUCUGACCGGACUUCUAGACGUGGCUCCAACGUUCAAAAACAACUCUUUGGAGAAAAGAGAUCAUACAAAGUUAGAUUGGUUCUUUAUGGUGAGAGAUACAAUCAUUUGGAAAAAUACGUGUGCUCCUUUAAAGGCGAUGACAUUGUCACAGAUCGCUAUCAUCCAUGUGCUGCCCUCACGACAGAUCAUAUUAAAGAACAUGGAUUUCCUUCAGAUCUCACUCUUUCGCCACAUGAAAGCCUCCAGCUUUAUGACAUGAUGGUUAGCGUUUGGGAGAGAUGGCCUCAUGCCCAGAAAUUAAAUCCUGAAGAAUUUCAGCAUUUUAAAGAUAAAAUAGCAAUCUCGAGGGUAGAUGCCAGGAAAUAUGAAGAAAGUCUGAAGAAGGAGCUAAAAAAAUGGAUUGAACAUGGUCAUGAAAAGAAGGUCAGACAGGUACUGAAUAAUCUGAAACCUAACUGUGUUCCUUGUUCACAAGAGAUGAUGGUUAAAUUCCCUCUUCUUGUUGAAAAACUAAGGAAAAUGGACAAAUUGCCUGCUCUGUUCUUCAUUUUUAAAAUAACAGACGUGGAAUUGAGGGCUAAUGAAGUAUAUAAAUCGCUGGAGGAGAAGCAGCAAGAACAGCAGUCUCCCAAUGCUGAGAAAGAGGCCUCUGCCCUAGACAAAAGACUGAGAAAAGUGACAAAAUCCAUUGAGAAGCAGCCAGAAAUACAUCCAAAACCCAUCUCUAAAGCGGAUCAAUACCUGGUACAAGAAGCUGAAUUUCAGCAGUUACUGCAGAAGCUGGAGGAGCUGAAAAAGGUCCCUGAAAACUGUACUUACGCCAGUCUAAAGGUUAUCAAAAGUCAGACACUGUUUGAAGUGUUUCGCCAAGUGAAAUUCACGAGUAAAAGUGAAGAACUGCAGACUUUGGCACUGAGGGGCAUCGGUUACCAUCACAGUGCUCUGAAUUUCCGAGGAAGACAACUGGUUGAGAUACUCUUCAGGAAGGGGUUGAUCAGGGUAGUGACAGCUACAGGGACGCUUGCGUUAGGAAUCAACAUGCCCUGCAAAUCUGUCAUUUUCGCUCAAAAUUCAAUCUACUUGGAUGCUCUGAACUACAGACAGAUGUCAGGGCGCGCAGGAAGGCGAGGCCAAGAUCUGAAAGGAAAUGUGUUUUUCUAUAAUAUUCCACUGCCCAAAAUAGAAAAACUUAUUAAAUCCAACGUCCCUGAACUAAGAGGCCAGUUCCCGCUAGGCAUAUCGCUGGUCCUUCGCCUCAUGCUGUUGGUUUCCAAAGGAGACGAUCGAAAGGAUGCAGAAGCAAAGGUAUUAUCAGUGCUGAAGCAUUCCCUGCUGACUUUCAGCCGACCCAGAGCCAUGGAGAUGUUGAAAAUAUUCUUCUUAUUUUCUUUGCAGUUUCUUGUUAAAGAGGGCUAUUUAGACCGAGAAUGUAAUCCCAUGGGUUUUGCUGGACUUGUAUCCCAUUUGCAUUAUCAUGAACCGGCGAAUUUUCUCCUGGUCAGUUUUCUGGUGAAAGGCUUGUUACACAAACUCUGCACUCCAAUCAAGGAAGGCUCUCCAGUUUUUUCUGAAGAUGUGAUGGAAAAGCUAGUACUGGUACUGGCAAACUUGUUUGGAAGGAAAUACAUUCUAGCCAAGUAUUUUGAAGCUAAGAGAAAUUUUCAGCAGUCAAAGGUGUUCCUUGAAGAUCUCCCCAAGGACUUUGAAGCGGCUGUAUGUGACUAUAACACAAAAAUAAAAAAAGACUUUUGCUCUUUCAUACGGAUUGUUUCCAAACUGGCUGACAUGAAGCAGGAAUACCAACUCCCCUUGUCAAAAAUAGAUUUCACGGACGAAACAUCUGCUGAUUCUGCACUUGUGUCCCACUUGAUGAGCUGCAAAGAGGGGAGGACGGCGGUUUCCCCCUUCGUGUGCCUAUCUGGGUACACGGAUCGGGAUUUACUUGGCUCGGAUUCUUUCAGCAGUGUGGUACUGCAAUCGAUUGGUGUUAAUGACUCCCUUGUUCCUGUACUGGACUUAAAGAAAUAUGACAGUAGAGGAAGAAGAAUGCCACUUAACGCAUAUGCGCUUGACUUUUACAAGCACGGAUCCAUAACGGCAUUGUCAGAGGACAAUGGGUUGCAUAGAGGAGAAGUUUUCCUUCUGCUGAAGGAUUUUUUGCUCACCAUACAAUCGAUCAGCGUGUCUCUGAGUGAACUGUGUGAAAAAGAAGAUGAUAAUGUGGUGCUCGCCUUCAAACAGCUGAGUAGCAGCUUCAAAGCAAGACUGGAUAAAGUCAAUGACUAAAGAGACAAAGCAAAAAAUGAGCUGGGAAUUUUGUGGGGAGGGAGGGGGGGUCUUAUUUUGCAAUUCUCAGUACUCAUGCCACAGAUCACGCAUUCCUGACUCCGCCACUUGUCAGCUGUGUGGCUUUG